ACAAUUGAAUAACAAUAAUAAAUAAUAACGAGAAAGAGUAAAGACAAUUGCAUUACGAGCGGCUGUCUUUCUGCACUGACUGACCACACACGGCACGGCACGGUCAUCGCGAGCAGCAUCACCUGCAGCAUCACCUGCAGCAUCACCUGCAGCAUCACCUCCGCUCCGCAGUGCCCGGCCGGGGGCGCGCAGGCAGUGCGCGAUGCCGCUGCAGGUGCCCGACGACUCGGACUUCAGCUCGUUCAAGGCGCAGUGCGAGGACCACGAGGGCUGGAGCGCGCGCUACAGCAAGGGGGGUGUGACGGUGUGGUGCCGCGACGAGGAGUGUGACACCGUGCAGAAACUCAAGAUGAGAAUAGUCUGCAAGGACGUCACGGCAGAGACCCUCUACGACGUCCUUCAUGACACAAGCUACCGGAAGAAGUGGGACACCAACAUGAUCGACACGUUUGACAUCGGGCGGCUGACCGUGAACGCCGACGUCGGGUAUUACUCGUGGAGGUGUCCCAGCCCUCUGAAGAACCGGGACUUCGUCACCAUGCGAUCGUGGCUCCCGCUGGGCAGCGACUACAUGAUCAUCAACUACUCCGUCAAACACCCGCAGUUUCCCCCGAAGAAGGACUACGUGCGAGCCGUGUCGCUCCUCACCGGCUACCUGAUCCAGUCCAAUGGCGCCAACUGCUGCACCUUGUACUACCUGACGCAGGUGGACCCCAGAGGUUCCUUACCGAAGUGGGUGGUGAACAAAGUAUCCCAGUUUGUUGCCCCAAAGGCUAUGAGGAAGAUCUACAAGGCCUGUCUGAAGUACCCCGAGUGGAAGAGGAAGCACAACCCGAACCUGAAGCCCUGGAUGUACCCGGAGCAGAACACGCUGCCCUGCAUCAGCCUGUCGGAGCUGACGCUGCAACGCGCCGAUUCGCUCGAGAACAUCGACGAGAGCGGCCUGAGCGAAGAGAAGGCGCAGCACAGCGACGACGAGGAGCCUGCGUCCUAAGCGUCCCGAACACGCCCGCGUG